UGGAAUUAUUGCAAAAUUGUGCGCGAGGCCCCUUGUGGCUCUAUCGAUCAGUCUCUCUGCGCGAUUUUUAUUUUAAUGUACCUUCGGCUUAACAUUAAUAUUUACACACGAUCCCCAAUGUGAAAAAAAGAACCACACACUCAAGUGAUUCAUUUAAUUCCCCACCAACUUACAAUCGCGAUAAACUCAUUCCGUCAAGUUUGUCGCUGGAGUUUAGUCGACUCUCCGAUCGCGUUCUUGCUGAUACCAUCAGAAAUUUUUCGUGCCUCUGUUCCAUUCGAAUUUUCAUCAAUUUUUGCCCAAUUUACACUAUUUGGUGUUUUUCCUUGUGAUUUUUGUGCUGUUUGAUGAUUCGUGCUGCGACAUCAGCAUGAGUGAUCAGUGGAGUCAGUGCUCAGAAUCACCGUGCAUUGCGUGGUGAAGACCUUCCACCAUAGAGUUCUUGGACACGGAUUUUUUGGGAUGGCUGUUCUGCUGCGGAAUGUGACUAACAGCAUCUGGCAUGCUUUUGCGGCGCUGCACCAGGAGCAGGAUGGCCUGGUCAACAAGACAAAGCUGAAGGUGCUGACGGCCAAUAUCGCAACUCUGGUCGACUUAUAUGGGGUGGAAAGGGGCCUGGAUCACUUUCGGUCGACGGCCACGCUCAAUUUUGAGCAUUUCAAGUUCUACCUGGCCCAGGAGGUCUUCUCCUGCCUCCCCAACACACUCACUCUUGCCGAAUUGCGAAAUCACGAGGCCAAAAUUGAUGAGAUUUGCUGGCUGGUGUGUCGCCAAAAGUACACGAGUCAGCGCGAGAGUAGCAUUUACCCCGAGGAGUCCAUCUACAAACUCUUUCGUAUCUUUUGCAUGUUUAGUGAUCUCGUGGUGAGGAGCGAUGGCAAUUGCCAGGUGCUAAUGCACUCCUCAGAAGCUGUACAGAUUGUCCAGCAAUUGCUCAAUCUGCUGGGAUUGGACUAUGAGGCAGAGAAGAAAUAUGAGUAUCUUGUUAAUUCCGAUCUCACAUACCGAUUUGAGCAGUUCCUCUCACUUGUGGAAUUUCGGGAGGUGCGUGAGGGUACUUUUGAAUGUAUUGAGUCUCUGUAUGAGGCUGUCGAUGAGAUCUAUCAGAUCUACAUCAAAGACAUCAUCAAGAAGGGCUAUCUCCUUCGUCGUGGAUAUUUGUUACCAACUCUCCGAGAAUAUUGGUUUGUUCUUCAACCCUGUGAACUGUCCUACUACAAAACCCCACAUCUCAAGGAACUCUGUGGGAGUAUCUGUUUAGACUCCAAUUGUAUGGUAAAACCCUUCAUGUCACCCUCUGGGAAACAUGAUAAAGUUCAGAGAUUUAUUAUCACGUCUGGUGAAAGAAAUUUUGAGUUAGCAGCUCAUGAUCAUCGGUCCCGGAUGCAAUGGAUUGCAGCCCUGCAGUUAGCAAUAACAUAUUCAGCCGGUAAAGAGGGCUUUCAGCGGGAUCUCACGGCUAGAAGACGCCAACAGCGUGAUGCCACAAAGCAGAAGCGCCGAGAAGAGGAACUGGAACGAAGUACGCACAUGCAGGAAGUGGAAGAAGCCAAAGUGCAGCUGGCACGUGAGAAGAUGGCACGAGUGGCGGCUGAAACCCAAGCCAAAGAAUUGGAAGCGAUUGCAAGGGAGGAUUCACGACGGGUGGCUGAGCUUGAGGAUAUGAAGUUGACCCUCGAGAAGCUCCUAAUGGAAGAAACUCAGGCUAAGCGAGAUGAAGAAAUUGUUCGUGCCCUCCAAGCUCGUGUUCUCUCCGACGAAUGGGAGAAGCGUUCAGAACUGGAGCAAUUGCAGGAAGAACAGCGAGUCCUUCUCGAACAGGAACGUCAAAAGAGAAUGGAAUUUGAGGUGAAACAGAAAGAGAAGGAGCUCCAACUCAAAGAAGCAGAAAAGCGUCUCAAAGAACUCGAAGAUGAACGACAAAAGCUAGAUAUUGAACUCAAACUCUCCCGUUGCAAGAUUAAGCAAUCCGAAGAGACAAAGGAGAUGCUCGAAGCCAGACUCCAGACAAUGCAACCACCAUCCAGAGAGGGAAGUCGUGUCCGACGAGCCCUCUCCUUCAUGCCAUCCACACGUGAAAGACAAACGACAGGUGCUGAUACAGAAAAGCGAGGAUCAUCCAUCAGAAGAUCAGACAAGAUCAUCUCAACCAAAAUUAACCACUAGGCUUCCUUUGUAAAAAAAAAAAAUAAAAUAACAAAAUAAACUAACUCACUGCCAGGAAUGCUCUUUAUCUCUUAUCUGGCGAGAUUAAUUACAGUCUUGAGUAGGGAUUUUAGCAAAUAAACUAAGAUUUUCCUAGCUAAAAUCAA